CAUCGCUUGUUGAAUGCAGGAUACCUUCUGCUUGAGCGCUGAUCCCAACUUCAGCUUUGGAGCAGCAGCCGGUAAGGAGCGGGGACUCCACUUUCUCACCUCUCUCGCCGCCGAUAUGAAGUCUGCAGAAGAAGAUGCAUACAGCUACACACCAAACGUCAGCUUGUCCCUUCCAGUGGGCAUGGGCAACCCCUGUCUGGCCACCCAGUACCACACCUUACAGACCAGCCCGAUCAUCUCAGUUUCCUCCUGUCACCAGAUGGGCUACAGCCCCCAAAAUGACAACCAUGCAGCAUCAGGCUAUUACCUGCCCCAUGGCCUGAGACCCAAUGGGGCCCCAGCUUUGGAAAGCCCCCGUAUUGAGAUCACUGCCUACAGCCAGUAUCCCGAGGAUGAGGUAGAAGAGAGCAGCAGCGAGGACCACAUCAUCAAACGGGGCGUUAACUCCAUUGUGACGCUGACGCUGCCCAACGCAGACGGCUACCGUGACCCAAGCUGCCUCAGCCCCGCGAGUAGCAUUUCCUCACGUAGCUGUAACUCAGAUGCAUCGUCUUACGAAUCCGGCUUCUACAACUAUGACAACUCCCCACAAAAUUCCCCCUGGCAGUCUCCCUGCGUUUCUCCCAAAGGCACAUCUUCACUCAUGUCUUGCCCACAUGCCAGCGGCCCUGUAGCUUCCCCUCACCAUUCCCCCUCCACUUCCCCUCAGAUCGGAGCUGUGGCCGAGGAAGGCUGGCCGGCACAACCUCGUGGCUCAAGGCCUAACUCCCCUUCCUGCAGUGGAGUCGGUGGAGUCAAUGGCGGCGGCAUGGGGAAAAGAAAGUACAGCUUCAAUGGCACCACCUACCGUCAGACAUCCUGCUCACCCAACCAGUCGCCCGUCCCGUCCCCACAUGGCUCCCCCAGGGUCAGCGUGACAGACGAGAACUGGCUCGCCAACACCAACCAGUACACCAACUCUGCCAUUGUGGCCGCCAUCAAUGCGCUAACCACAGAUGGAAUUGUAGACAUGGGGGAGGGAAUCCCAAUCAAGACGCGGAAGACGAUGCUGGACCACUCAGCCUCCAUGAGCCUGAAGGUGGAGCCUGGUGAUGAAAUGCUCGGUGUCGAUGGGGAGCUCCUCCAUGAGGACUACCCUUCCCGCUUGGCCCUCAAGAAGGAGAACUACUGUGGAGGGUUCCUGGAUGUGCCCCAGCAUCCCUACUCCUGGUCUAAACCCAAGCCUUACCUCAGCCCAUCUCUGCCAGCUCUCGACUGGCAGCUCCCAUCCUGCUCCGGCCCCUACAACCUACAGAUCGAGGUGCAGCCAAAGUCCCACCACAGGGCCCACUAUGAGACCGAAGGUAGCCGAGGGGCGGUGAAGGCGCUGUGUGGUAGCCACCCUGUAGUACAGCUUUAUGGCUACAUGGAAAGCGAGCCGCUCACCCUGCAGCUGUUCAUAGGGACCGCAGACGACCGCCUCCUGCGACCACAUGCCUUCUACCAGGUUCACCGCAUCACUGGCAAAACCGUCUCAACCGCCAGCCAUGAAGUCAUGCAAUCCAACACCAAAGUUCUGGAGAUCCCUCUGCUGCCUGAAAACAACAUGAGAGCCAUAAUUGAUUGUGCAGGGAUCCUGAAGCUGCGUAAUUCAGACAUUGAGCUUCGCAAAGGAGAAACAGACAUCGGACGCAAAAACACACGUGUGAGAUUGGUGUUUCGAGUGCACAUCAACCAGCCCAACGGCAGGACAGUGUCCCUACAGGCUUCUUCCAACCCCAUUGAAUGCUCCCAGCGCUCAGCUCAGGAGCUUCCCUUGGUGGAGAAGCAGAGUGUGGAUAGUUACCCCGCCUCCGGAGGCAAAAUGAUGCUCCUGAGUGGCCUCAACUUCCUCCCUGACUCCAAGGUGGUGUUCGUGGAGAAGGCCCAGGAUGGGCAUCAUCUGUGGGAGACAGAAGCCAAAGUUGACAAGGACUCCGUCAAAAAUAGCACUGUUGUUGUGGAGAUCCCGCCGUACAGGAACCAGAGAAUAUCCAGCCCGGUGCACGUUAACUUCUACGUCUGCAACGGCAAGAGGAAGAGGAGCCAGUACCAGCGCUUCACCUACCUGCCUCCUAACGUGCCGAUAAUAAAGACAGAACCCAAUGAUGAAUAUGAUUCUCUGGGGACUGCAAGACUGCCAAUGCAUUCAAAGCCCUAUUACAGCCGGCCCAGGCUCACUCCCAUCAUGCCUGUAGCUGAUCCUGAUGCCUGCCUGGUUGGUGGUUACCCUCCCUGCCCGCCUCGCCAUGCUGCCAUGCCAUCGUCGUCCCCCAGCUCCAGCCCCACCCUGCAUGACCUGUCCCCCGUGGCAUACAGCAAGUGCCUCUCCAACAGCCCCACCCAUGCGGCACCGCCAGGCCCCGUGGUGCCCCCCAUCCAGGAGACCCCUGGCCACCCCGCCCUCGCCCACCCAGCAUCGCCAGACCACAACUCUCCCCUAGGGAUGCUUCAUUCCCAGGGCAGCCCCAUCCACCUCAACAGCCCAGGCCCCCAUGGUUACCACCCAAUCUAUGCCAACAGCAGCCCCUCAUCCUCCCCGGUGUCCCACCCUUCCACACCUGGUGGCACUGCGGACAGCCCGUUCAUUCAGGCCUACAGCCCCAGUCAGGCUCAGGCAGCAGCCGGCUCGGCCCAGGCCGGAGGGAGCUCACCCAGCCUGUUACCUGAGGAUGCCAGCCCCCCUUCGAUGGCCAUCACCGUCAAACAGGAGCCCCAGGAACUGGACCAGAUGUACCUAGAUGAUGUUAACGAGAUCAUCAGGAACGACCUCUCCAGCAUUUCCGUGCACACUCAUGCAUAG